ACGUAUUGCAAGGUGUAAAACAUUUUCGUGCGUUUUCGCUAAGAUUUAUUUCAUUGCUGAAUUGAGUUUUACUUUUGCUUGAAAUGGUAUUGAGAUAAACAAGUUUAUGAAAAGAUUGGGAGUGUACAUAUGCAUACAUAUUUCGUGGACGAUAACUUCAACUGUAUAUAUAAACAAUGCGAUAAAUAAUAUGAUGUUUAUACAGCUGAUAGGAGUUUCCUUGAUAAUAGCUGGCUCAUUGUUCGACAUAUGAUCCUAACCGAUACCGUAAUCUAUGUAUAUAUGCUAUUGCGUUCAAACGCUGUUAUUGCCUUUGUUCGUUGGCCACGCGCAGCAAUGUAUCGCAGUUUUCUGUAGCAUGAUGUCCGAGUUCUCAAAAUCUAAAAAUCGUUUAAAAGUUAUUUUAUCUUAGAAGUCGUCAAUCAAAUUAAGUGGAUGUCAUCGUGACUAGCAAUUGUUAACUAUACUAAAGUUGCUAGAAAUCCAAGAAGAUAAAAAUGGUUUCACUCGCCCUUGGUUUCAUCGUUUUAUCUUCAAUUUCAAGCACUCUGUGCGAUGUCCUUUAUUAUCAACCUGAGGCUGUGCAUCUCGCCUAUGGAGAUAAUGUUCAUGAUAUUGUUGUAACAUGGAGCACUAAAAACGAUACAAAGCAGUCUAUUGUAGAGUAUGGUAUAGGAGGACUUAUUCUUACCGCCAAAGGGCAUUCCACUUUGUUUGUUGAUGGUGGAGAUGAAAAGCGAAAGCAAUAUAUUCAUAGAGUAUGGCUGAAGAAUCUAACACCAAAUAGGAAAUAUGUUUAUCAUUGUGGUAGCAAAUAUGGGUGGUCAAACAUGUUUUAUAUGAAAACUGCUCCCAUAGAGUCAGCAAAUUGGUCACCACAAAUUGUUGUAUUUGGUGAUAUGGGUAAUGAAAAUGCUCAAAGUUUAUCAAGAUUACAGGAAGAGACACAGCGUGGAUUAUACGAUGCAGCAAUUCAUGUUGGAGAUUUUGCAUAUGAUAUGACUACUGACAAUGCACGUGUUGGUGACGAAUUCAUGAAACAAAUAGAAGGAGUUGCUGCUUAUUUACCUUAUAUGACAGUACCUGGUAACCACGAAGAAAGAUAUAAUUUUAGUAAUUACAGGUCUCGUUUUACAAUGCCUGGUGAUAGUGAAGGUUUAUGGUAUAGCUUUAAUGUAGGACCUAUUCACUUCAUAGGUAUAGAGACAGAAGCUUAUUAUUUCAUGAAUUAUGGUAUAAAACAACUUGUUAAACAAUACGAGUGGUUGGAUAAAGAUUUAACUGAAGCAAACAGUCCUAAUAAUAGGGAGCAAAGACCAUGGAUAGUAAUAUUCGGUCACAGACCAAUGUACUGUAGUAAUGCAAACGCAGAUGAUUGUACCAAUCAUCAAAGUCUCAUUAGAGUUGGAUUGCCAUUUUUAAAUUGGUUUGGACUCGAAGAUCUCUUUUUUAAGCAUAAAGUAGAUUUAUUAUUGUGGGCUCAUGAGCACAGUUACGAACGAUUGUGGCCCAUGUACAAUUUUAAGGUACAAAAUGGAUCUUACGAAGAACCGUAUACGAAUUAUAAGGCACCCGUGCAUAUAGUAACUGGAUCGGCCGGAUGUAAAGAAGGAAGAGAAAAGUUCAUCCCGCAUAGGCCAGACUGGUCUGCGUAUCGUAGCUCAGAUUAUGGUUACACAAGGAUGAAGGCGUUCAAUAGGACUCAUCUUUACCUUGAACAGGUAUCCGAUGACAAGGAAGGUGCCGUUUUGGAUCGAGUUUGGCUUGUAAAGGACGAUACUUUCCCGGCGUACAGUAUAGACCAGCUUACAAAUAAAAUAUAGAGCACAAUUUAUGAUAAAGCGAUUGAAACAAUAUAUAGGAUUAUUCCUUUAGUUAUCAUUUUGUUUCGAUUAACAAUGGUAGCAUGUAAGUAGCAAAGCUGUAUAUAAACUUUAAACAAGAA